UCAGGAUAUUAUAUUUAAAAAAAACAUAUAAUAACAAAGCCGUGUUGUAUUAACGUCCCCCAAAAAACAUGUCACGACGAAAAACUCGCGAGGGAGGAUCAUCAAGCAACAGUCGUCGGGCCAAACGUUACCAACUCAUGCCCUGGUUGAGCGCCAGUUCGGCGGACGACGCGGACCGGCGUCCAGUUUUCGCGCUCAUUCUACAACGUAUGAUGAGCGGCUGCGAGAUGAUCGACUACGGGGUUAAAUCGUCGUCCACGUCACCGGGAGCCAAAAACUCCACGGUGAAUUUCCAUCUGCCAAGCGACGCGGAAUCCAAGAUUAAUCAGCUGGCUGAUUGCAAUGGUAAAAGAAACGCGUUGGUCGUCCCCGACUCGUUGCUCUUCUCCGCGGCAGGCAACGAGCAGCCAAACGACGGUAGUUUACUAAUCGCCGAGGCGGGCACCAUCGGCAACUACAAUUACUCGAGAGUGGAAUCUGCUCAUUUGUUGGUCGACGACAAUAACAAUGCGCUUAAGCCACAACGCAACUGGUGGGAAGACGAAAAUGACGACGAGAACCUCAAAAUUGUCCAGCAGGUUUGCAUCGACGAUUACAACAACAACAAUAACGAGAACGACUGCAGCAGGAGUUUCGUCGAGUUGAUACCUACUGGCGCGUCGUUGUCUUCGUCCCUCGCAGCUGCUUUUCAGGGACGUUACACCGGUGGUCAAGAGUUGCUGGUACCAUUUACGAACGAUGGGGAUACUGGUGGCUACGUUGAGCCGCAGAACGCGCGGGUGACGAGCGAGAUCGACCACCUGACGUCUUCUUCUUUCGUGCAGCCUGUCGUCGAUGGUAAAAAAAAGAAGCGCAAGAACAGCAUGAGCGAGAAAAGCGUGAGCUGCAGUAGGUGUAACAAGCGGUUCCGGAAGGAGAGCCACCUGAAGACGCACUUUGUCGUCCACACGACGGCGGACAACGGGGCGGCCUCGGCUAUCUGCCGGUGCGGUCUCUGCGGCAAGGGCUUCUGCCACCGGGGAGCACUGGCUCUUCACAUGCGCGCACACGCGCCCAAGGCCAGGAUGACUCUUGCGUAGGAGGCUUUUGUCAUACCGCACGUUGUGAUUUUUUUAACGAAGGAAAUUAUGUAUGAUCGAGAAAAUCUAUAUAUAUUUUUUUAAACACCAAGUUGUUUUUCGAGCGGUUUUAAGAGUUUUAUAUUUCGCCCAAAAGGAUCAACACGAUGAUUAUUUUUAACACGACGUUUCUUUAAUCAUUGUUCUUUUAGAGCUUUAAGUUAUGUUUUUUUUUUCCCCCUGAGGAUAAUAAUAACAUUUGUAAACUAAAAUGAUUAGUUUUAUAUAAAAGGUUGUUUCAUUGAAUCCUCAAUAAAUUGAAAUC